AUGUUUUCAGGAUUGCCAAUUCACAUGGUUCAAAUCUUGCUUCGUGUGUGUAGGGCUGCAUCCCACUGCCUAUAUUGGAAGUGGAAUCACGUUCCAUUUCGCGGCGGAUAUAGGGCCCCGCGUUACGGGCCAAUCCAACGACACGAUGAUGGUUCGUCGACGACUACGAUUUCCGGCUCGCAGUGCUCGCACGCGCCUAUAUGCCAGUUUAUUCCGUGUUCACGCCCAAGUAAACUCGGUUUAACUUCAAACAAGAUAUCGAAACAGGCGAUUGACAUUUUGAGCCUUUCAGCGAUCUUUUUUAUGUAG